AUGUUUGGGGAGAAGAGUUUUGAAUUAAUAAAAAGUCUUUCUAGAACUUCUGAAAAUAUACCUCCUUUCAAUGAUGAAGGUAUUCGUCAAGUUUUAGAAGAAAUGAAUGCCUUAUUUGAAGAAAAUCAAAACAAUGUUUAUACUGCUAAUUCCCAAGAACAACCGGUUUAUUCAAGUUUUUUUCCCUCCAUAUCGUUAAGGCAUGCGGUAUUGGAACGAAAUAAAAGAUGUGUAUUAGCUUAUAUUUAUAAUAGACUUCAAAGAAUUCGUUUAAUAAGAUGGGAAUUGGGUAGUAUAUUACCACCUGAAAUUAAGAUGAACUUGUCAAAAAAUGAAUUAGAUUGGUUUACUAAAUACAGUAAAUUAUUGGCUUUUUAUAUGUCUUCCAUUGGUGAUGGAACAGGAUUGAAUAUAACACAGGAUAUUACACCUCCUCAGUCUCUUUAUGUUGAGGUUAAAAGUAAUGUAGAUUAUGGAAAAUUUGAAUUAGAUUCAGGAGAUGUAGUUAUUAUUAAAAAAAAUGGAGUUUACCAUUUGCCAAGAUCACAAUGUGAAUCUUUGAUUCGUCAAGGAGUUCUAGAACAUAUCACUUGA